GUGUCCAAACUGACAAUGCUGGAGAAGAUAGCAAGCUUUGGGGUUGGGAGAGAGAGAGAGAAACAGAAUAAUGAGUGUGUAUAUGAAAGCUUCCCUGAGAUUCCUUUGGAAGAAACUUCUGAAAAUGAUGGAGAACCAAGCACUUUGUCACUCAGUAUUCAUGAACAAUCAUCUCCAGCAACAUCAAGUGAAGCCUUCACACCAAAGGAGGGAUCUCCUUACAAAGCUCCAAUAUACAUUCCUGAUGACAUACCAAUUCCAUCAGAGUUGAGCUUCGAGAAUCAAAUAUUCCUGGAGCCGGAUUAGGGAUAUGGGCCAAAAGGAAGAUUGAAGUGGG